CCCCAGCAGCAAGAGCAGGGCUUCGGAUCUCUCCAGGAAAAGGACCCGGCGGCCUCUCGCCCGCCCCCCGACGAGCCGGCCAAGCCAUGCCCCAUAACUCCAUCCGCUCAGCAGGACACGGAGGAUUGAACCAGCUGGGCGGGGCCUUUGUGAAUGGCCGGCCCCUGCCAGAAGUAGUGAGGCAGCGCAUUGUAGACCUGGCACACCAGGGCGUGCGGCCCUGCGACAUCUCCCGACAGCUGCGGGUCAGUCACGGUUGUGUCAGCAAAAUCCUUGGCAGUAGGUACUACGAGACUGGCAGUAUACGGCCAGGGGUGAUCGGGGGCUCCAAGCCCAAGGUGGCAACCCCCAAGGUGGUGGAGAAGAUUGGGGAUUACAAGCGGCAGAACCCCACCAUGUUUGCUUGGGAAAUCCGGGACCGGCUGUUGGCAGAGGGCGUCUGUGACAACGACACUGUUCCCAGUGUCAGCUCCAUCAACAGGAUCAUUCGCACAAAGGUUCAGCAGCCGUUCAACCUCCCGAUGGAGAACUGCAUGGUGCCUAAAACAUUGAGCCCUGGCCAUAACCUCAUCCCCAGUUCAGCUGUGACUCCUCCUGAGUCGCCCCAGUCGGACUCUCUGGGCUCUUCCACCUACUCCAUCAACGGCCUUCUAGGGAUCGGUUCCCCCAGCAGCGACCACAAGAGAAAAAUCCAGGACACAGGUGACCAGGAGAGCUGCCAGCUCAGCACAGACUCUCAAGGCAGCAGCACCCCCCACAAGCACCUGCGCAGCGAGGCGUAUGGGCAGCACCUGCUGGAGUGCCCUUUCGAGAGACAGCACUUCCCAGAGGCUUACGCUUCCCCUAGCCAUGCCAAGGGAGAACAGGUGUGUGCUGGAGCCAAAGGCCACCACGGCAGCCUUGAGGCAGGUAUCUAUGCUGUGCCCCUGCUCAACACAUCCAUGGACGAUGGGAAAUCUAUGCUCACGCCUUCGAACCCAUCGCUGAGUCGUAACCUGGCGGCCCACCAGACAUACUCUGCUGUGACAGGGCGCGAAGUGGUUGGCUCCACCCUUCCGGGCUACCCUCCCCACAUCCCAACUGGCGGGCAGGGAAGCUAUAGCUCAUCCGCAAUUGCCGGCAUGGUGGCAGCAGGGAGUGAUUAUUCUGGCGGUGCCUACAGCCACGGCCCUUACACCAGCUAUGGAGAGCCCUGGCGAUUCCCCAACUCUGGACUACUGGGUUCCCCCUAUUACUACAGCUCAUCUUCACGGGGCCCUGUACCUCCCAACACCACCUACGACCACCUGUAGAUGAUGCAGUCCCUCUGGGAGCCAGGCCAGCUCUCCUGGGCCACUCUGUUUAUAGCCCAGCGGCAACGAAGAGGGAUGUGGACUGGUUCAAUCUGCAGAGUGGGCAAUGGCAUCCACACAAGCAGCUGCAGCAGUUGCAAGCAUGCAAGGCCAUCCUGUUACCCACGAAGCUGGGAAGGAAGGAAGGAAGGAAGAGCGGGGGGUCGUUAAUGUGCUUGCAUCCCUGGACUCCAAAAGUGAGGACAGUCUAAACACCUUGAAAUCGAGGAACUCAAACCAAUGAAAUCGAGAGACGCUUUACGAAGUCACUUUAUAACAAUGUUCUCUCUCUUGCACUAAGGUUCUUGUGCAAAGUGUGGGUCUUUGAAAGGACUGGACACUUGGAGAGGGGCAGAGAGAGUAGUUGGUAGAAGAGCAGGCUUGGGGCCAGGCCAGGGAGCUUGAACACCUGGGCUGCUUCUCCCCUCACCCUAGGGGAUCCUGGCUGCAGUUGAAGUUGCUUGCUUGUGCAGGUCGCACCGUCCCUUAUUUCUGGCUGUUCCUCUUUCGUUCUUGCCAUGUUUGAACAGCAGGAAUAGGA